AUGGUGACCCAUCGCCCUCGGGGAAGGGCGAAGGGGGGUACUGUCAGACUCUUACUGACUAAAAACCAACCCGGUGUUCCUCCACUUACCCAUGUGUCGGAGGGGCGAGUAUCGCCGAAGCAUUCGUCGCAACCCCCCGACGGGUAUUGGCCCGCCAGAUGGUUUUACGGGCCCCGUCACCCACUGCGGCCGUCACCCCGACCGCAGGACUCAACUAUGAGGCGCGCGCGGGACACGGCGCCGCCGCCUCGAGGCCUGCUGCUGGUCGGACGACAAGACGCCCCGAGUUUGUCGUCCGCAGGCCGCGCCCUACGGUGGCCGCAGGUCGGCAUCAUUAUAUCGACCUAUAAUCACCCACUGCUGAGCAAAGAUCUCUUCUUACACGGAGAAGGUUUGAGCAUUAGUCACCACGCUUGCUCAAGGCUGAUUGCUGAUUUCAAACUAUAG